AUGGAUCAUUUGCUGGAUUGCUGCGUAUAUGUUCUUUCUCAACGAUAUAUUAGUAGUAAGAUACGUUUUGUACCAUUUUUUUCCAAAAGAUGGAACAACUUUGAUGGAUUGCUUUUGAAGUCAUCGGGGGAUGUUUCGGAGACGCCUCAAUUGUUGCCGGAAGACGUUUUGAUGGAGAUUCUGGCAAAGCUGCCCACUAAAUCAUUGAGGAGAUUCUUGUGCGUCUCCAAACAAUGGCGUGAUUUGAUCUCUACUGUUUCCCCGGCUCUAGAUUUGCCCUACGAGACUGAGCUCAGCUUAAUACAACGGUCAUCGUGCAAUGGAAUCGUUUGCUUUAUGGAUGGUGAUCCUAGAUGGGGGAAGCAACUUGGUUUCUAUUUGUGUAAUCCCGUAACUCGGGAUUAUUUGAGGCUUCCUACCUCCACCGCCUUCCCAGAGAAUUAUCCCUACCGACGAGAAGCGUUCGGAUUUGGUAUUGAUUCGUCUUCUGCUCCUGGGGGUAAUAACUACAAGGUUGUUAGGAUUGUGGGCCUAUUCGAGAAUCCUAAAGAACACAUGAUGGGAAAAAGCUCAAAACGUUACGCUGAGAUUUACAGAGUGGCUACUAAUAGUUGGAGUGAGAUUGAAUACAACAUCCGGGGUAAUGACAAGCGCAUGAAACUGUCUUAUUUUCAUGGUGGCCAUCAGGGAGUAGUAGUAAAUGGUUGUUGUCACUGGCAGGUGAGAGCUACUAAGCGACGUUUUGAAGAACGGAUUCCUAUCGUUACCUUUGAUUUUCAACGCGAGAUAUUUGGACGUAUGGAAGCUCUCGCGCCAUCUUGUGAUCCCAACUUUCACUAUUUGAGGACUCCAACUCAGUUAACGGUGUUGCACGAUUCCCUUGCGAUUUUCUUACAUGUUUGCAAGCGCCAAGAAGCUGACGACGACGAGUCCAGCGAUGACGAGUCCUAUGUAGAAAGGAAGUUUGACAAUUACGUGGACGUUUGGGUUAUGAGGGAAUAUGGCAAUGACGAGUCAUGGACUAAGAUAUAUUCUGUGUUGCGAAUUACCACCGACUCCCCCAAAUCACAGCUUUGGGGUAAUCUAUGUUUUUGGAAUGACGAGGAGCUUGUGGCAUUACAUACGGAUAGGAACUUGGUGUCUUGUAGUUUGGCCCACCAACUCCACCACCAACAAGAAGACAAACAACCACAUACUCGAGCUGUGAGGAAUAUGGAUCCCCAGCUUUUUUAUUAUGGGGCCGCAACAACCAUCUCUUUUCGACCAACUUUGAUUUCUCUCGGCGGGAGAUCAUCAACAAUUGCACCAAGAAAUGUUGAUAAGUUUCUCUCCACAGCUAAAUCUGUAGCGGUGGAAGCCGAACCCUAA